AUGGCAGGUGGCAUUUCCGUCCGGGACGUCGAUGCCCAAAAGUUCAUCGAACUGUACAGCCAAUUCUUGAAGCGCCAGGGCAAAUUGCCAAUCCCCGGUUGGGUCGAUACUGUCAAGCUUGGCCCUGCUAAGGAGCUUCCUCCUCAAUCGAUCGAUUGGUUCUACGUCAGAGCCGCUUCAGUUGCGCGCCAUGUCUAUCUCCGCAAGACCGUUGGUGUAGGAAGACUUCGAAAAGUUCACGGCUCAACUCGCAACCGAGGCAGUCGUCCAUCCCAUCACGUCGAUGCUAGUGGAAGUGUUGAUCGCAAGGUCAUGCAAGCCCUCGAGAAGAUUGGUGUGCUGGAGCAGGACGAGGAGAAGGGAGGACGUAGAAUCACGCAGUCAGGUCAGCGGGAUUUGGACCGAAUUGCCCAGACUGCAGUGGAGGCCGAGGAAGAAGAUGAUGACGAGUAG